AUGGUUCCUAAAAUUUCACCCUUCCAAAGCUGGAUAUUGGAAGAGCAUGUGCCGACGGUGAAAAUCCCGGCGCACAUCACUUAUGACAGUACUUUGGACCUGAAGGACCACAUUGCCUCUUACGAGGGGCACAUGUACCUUAACCCCAGGUCUGAAGCAACUUGGUGUAAGUACUUCCCAAUCACCCUCAAGAGGGUUGCUCAAGCAUGGAUCACCAAGGGGGUGAAAGAAGGCUUAAUAACCGGUUGGAAAGAUAUUUCCAACAAAUUCAAGAGCAAGUUUUCUACGGCAAAUCGCCGAGAGAAAACAAAUGCGGAACUUAUGAGUCUACAACAAAAAGAGGACGAGAGCCUCCAAGACUGUAUGACUCGCUUCAGUAACGAGUCAUCUAGAAUUAUAAGUCUAGACCAAGGGCUAGCAGUUUUCGCGUUGCGGAAUGGCCUACAAGCUGGAAAGUUCCUAAACUUCAUGGUCAUGCAUCCACCGCAGACCUUGGAAGAAGCUCUAGAUGCCUCGGAUAAAUACAUCCGGGCUAAAGAAUGGAACAACACAAAGUCCCAAUCUGACUGUCAGGGAAAAAGGAAGGGGAAGGCGAAAGCCUCAGAAUCAUCCUCGGCACCUGAGUCGAAGAAAGAAAAGACCCCCUAUAUAGGGAGGUCUGAAUCGUACACUCCUCUCGCCCUUCCACGUGCUAAAAUCUAUAGCAAUAACUAA